GAAAGUAUUGCCAUGAACGCUGCUGAGACAACUGUUUCUCCUGCGAUAGAAAUGGCGCAGCAAGACAACAUCUCUGCUGAUGUCGAACAAACUGAAAAAGAGCAUCCAGAUGACUUUUCUGGAGCUGACGCUAUUGAGACGAAAGUUCUCUCUUCUGUGAUUGAAGCAAUCGAGCAGGACAUGUUUUCUGAAAAUGUCCAUUUGAUGGCGAAGGACGGACCUAGUACGAACUUACUAUUAUUAAUAUAA